AAAAUAGCGGUCGAUAGCUGUUUUAGUUCCCCCGGACGUUCUUUUACGUCCCUGCCACUCGUGAAGAGAGUGCUCGCUUCGAUCGAUCGGGAAGAUAUGGGCGAGAGCGCUGGAUUUGAGGCGAUGGCGAUGGCGGCAAGGGAUGCGGCGGGUGUUCUUGCCCCUUUCAAGCUCACCCGGAGGAAUCCCAGUGCCACGGACGUGGUGAUUAAGAUCCUCUACUGCGGAAUCUGCCACUCGGACUUACACCAGAUCAAGAACGGAUGGGGGAUAACGAUUUUUCCCGUUGUUCCUGGGCACGAGAUUACUGGCGUGGUGGAACAGCUGGGCUCCUCGGUGAGCCGCUUUACACUCGGGGACCAUGUGGCCGUGGGCUGCCUCGUUAGCUCUUGCCAUGACUGCCACUCUUGCAACGAAGGCCUGGAGAACUACUGCCCAAAGCUUGUGUGGACUUACAAUUCUCACUUACCGGGUGGAAGCCACACCAUGGGAGGCUUCUCGACCGCCAUCGUCGUGGACGAGAGCUUUGUGAUCAAUGUCCCGGCAAAGUUGCCGCUGGACACCGCAGCUCCACUGCUGUGUGCCGGGAUCACGGUGUAUAGCCCCAUGAAACACUUUGGGAUGGCGGAGGCUGGGCGGAGCUUUGGAGUGGUGGGACUGGGAGGCCUGGGGCAUAUGGCUGUCAAGUUCGGCAAGGCCUUUGGCAUGAAAGUCACGGUGAUUAGCACGUCGCCAAAGAAGGAGAAGGAAGCCAGGGAGCUGCUUGGAGUGGACGAUUUCCUGGUUAGCACGGACAAAGAACAAAUGGCGGCUGCUGCGAUGUCGAUCGACUAUAUCAUUGACACCGUCUCGGCGAAGCACGCGUUGGAGCCCCUGCUGGCGCUUCUCAAAGUAAAUGGCAAGAUGGUCUUGGUUGGAGCAGCGGACGCUCCUUUGCAGAUAGCACCCAUAACUCUCCUUGCUGGACGUCGGAUGAUCGCUGGGAGCCUGAUCGGGGGCAUCAAAGAGACGCAGGAGAUGAUGGAUUUCUGCGGGGAGCACAACGUGACGGCCAUCGUUGAGCAGAUCACGAUGGGCAGCGUCAACGAGGCCAUGGAGCGGCUGGCAAAGUCGGAUGUCAAGUAUCGGUUCGUCAUUGACAUGAGCAAGAGCGAGUCGGAGAUGCAAAGACCGGCACCAUUGUGAUCAAGAAUUCGUAUCAGCUUGAAGAAUAGUUUUGUAGCUUAUUCUCUUUGAGCAAUGGUUUAGAAUAGAUCUGCAAGAGGAACUUCCAAAAACAAGCGUGAAGACGUACGUUCAUUGCAAAAAUUGAAGGCUUGGUCAGUGUUGUUACA